GGGGAAGAGGAGGUGGAACAAGUCCCUGCAGAGAUCCUGUACCAGGGUCUCCUGCCCAGCCUGCCCCAGUACAUGAUUGCUCUCCUGAAGAUCCUCCUCGCUGCAGCUCCUACUUCCAAAGCCAAGACAGACUCCAUCAACAUCCUGGCAGAUGUCCUGCCAGAGGAGAUGCCGACCACAGUGCUGCAGAGCAUGAAGCUGGGGGUAGAUGUCAAUAGGCACAAGGAGAUCAUCGUCAAAGCCAUCUCAGCUGUGCUGCUCCUCCUGCUCAAGCACUUCAAGCUCAACCACAUCUACCAGUUUGAGUACAUGGCCCAGCACUUGGUGUUUGCCAACUGCAUCCCACUCAUCCUCAAGUUCUUCAACCAGAACAUCAUGUCCUACAUCACUGCCAAGAACAGCAUCUCUGUCCUGGAUUAUCCAUACUGUGUGGUGCAUGAGCUGCCAGAGCUGACAGCAGAGAGCCUGGAAGCUGGAGACAACAACCAGUUCUGCUGGAGGAAUCUCUUCUCCUGCAUCAACCUCCUACGCAUCCUGAACAAACUGACCAAGUGGAAGCAUUCCCGUACCAUGAUGUUGGUGGUCUUCAAAUCUGCUCCCAUCCUGAAGAGAGCCCUGAAGGUGAAGCAGGCCAUGAUGCAGCUCUACGUGCUGAAGCUUCUCAAGGUGCAGACCAAGUACCUGGGCAGGCAGUGGAGGAAGAGCAACAUGAAGACCAUGUCAGCCAUCUACCAGAAAGUCAGGCACCGCCUCAAUGACGACUGGGCCUAUGGCAACGACCUGGAUGCUCGUCCCUGGGAUUUCCAGGCAGAGGAAUGUGCUCUCCGUGCCAGCAUUGAGCGCUUCAAUGCGCGGCGCUACGACCGUUCCCACAGCAAUCCCGACUUUCUGCCCGUGGACAACUGUCUGCAGAGUGUCCUGGGGCAGCGUGUGGACCUCCCCGAGGAUUUCCAGGUCAACUACGACCUCUGGCUGGAGCGGGAAGUGUUUUCCCGGCCAAUCUCCUGGGAGGAGCUGCUGCAGUGAUGGAUAGACAGCAGGGAGGGAGGAGGGGGGAGAGGUUUGGGG